GGCGGGGGCAGCGCCAUGGCGCUACGGGAGCGGGGCGCGGGCGGCGCCGCGGAGGCCGGGGAGGAUGCGGCGGAGGGGCCGGAGCGGGGCCUGCCGCUGCUGCCCUGGGACCGCUUCUCGGCCUGGCUGCACUGCGUGUGCGUGGUGGGCUUCGACCUGGAGCUGGGCCAGGCGGUGGAGGUAAUAUAUCCUCCACAUUCAAAGCUUACAGAUAAAGAGAAAACCAAUAUUUGCUACUUGUCUUUUCCAGAUUCCAACUCAGGUUGUCUUGGCGACACGCAGUUUUGCUUUAGAUUUCGACGGUCUUCUGGAAGGAAAGCUUCUGUGUGUUGUUUCCUGGACCACUUGGAUAGAGAUCUACCAGUUUACUUAAAGAAAGAUCCAGCGUAUUACUAUGGCUAUGUGUAUUUCAGACAAGUUCGAGAUAAAUCAUUAAAAAGGGGCUAUUUUCAGAAGUCACUGGUCCUCAUCAGCAAGCUGCCAUAUGUCCAUCUCUUUCGCACCGUGCUUAAGCAAAUAGCACCGGAAUAUUUUGAAAAAAGUGAGGCUUUCCUGGAAGCAGUCUGCAGCGAUGUUGAUCGUUGGCCACCACCAAUUCCAGGGGAAGUACUACACUUGCCUAUUAUGGGUGUCGUAAUGAAGCUGCGAGUUCCGACAUAUCGUGACAAGCCUGGAACGACCCCGAUAGUACAGAAUAUGCACCAGGCAGAUGCUCAGAUCUCUAUGACCUUACCAACUGUUCAUGAAGUAGAUCUUUUCAGGUGUUUCUGUCCAGUGUUCUUUCACAUUCAGAUGCUGUGGGAACUGGUGCUGCUGGGGGAGCCGCUUGUUGUCAUGGCACCAUCGCCAGCAGAAUCUUCAGAAACCGUGUUGGCACUUGUGAGUUGUAUUUCACCAUUAAAGUACUGCAGUGAUUUCAGGCCAUACUUUACCAUACACGACAGUGAAUUCAAAGAAUACACAACCCGCACACAAGCUCCACCAUCUGUUAUUCUAGGGGUGACAAAUCCUUUUUUUGCAAAAACUCUCCAGCACUGGCCCCACAUCAUCAGGAUUGGAGAUAUUAAGCUUCCAGGUGAUGUUCCAAAGCAGGUGAAAGUGAAAAAACUGAAGAACCUAAAAACUUUGGACUCCAAACCUGGUGUUUAUACCUCUUAUAAGCCAUACUUGAACAAAGACGAAGAAAUUGUUAAACAGUUACAAAAGGGUGUACAACAGAAACGUCCUACAGAAGCACAGAGCGCGAUUCUUCGGCGGUAUUUUUUGGAAUUGACAGAAAGUUUCAUUAUUCCUUUAGAACGUUACGUGGCAAGCCUAAUGCCUUUGCAAAAAUGUAUAUCACCAUGGAAGAGUCCACCACAGCUGAGGCAUUUUAGCCAGGAUGAUUUCAUGAAGACGCUGGAAAAAGCAGGACCACAGCUCACCUCUGGUUUAAAAGGAGACUGGAUAGGACUUUACAGGCAUUUUUUGAAAUCACCGAACUUUGAUGGCUGGUUUAGAAGCCGGCAGAAAGAAAUGACGCAGAAGCUGGAGGCACUUCAUUUGGAAGCACUCUGCAAUGAGAACUUGGUUUUCUGGAGUCAGAAGCAUUCUGAAGUAGAAACAGUUGAUCUGGUCUUGAAGUUAAAGAAUAAACUGUUGCAGGCUGACAGAGAACAUCUUCCUGUGAAAACUGAUACGCUGAAGAAGCUGCAGGCACACAUCCGUGAUAUUAUACUCGCACUUCCAGAUGACUUGCAGGACAUCUUGCUCAAAACUGGCACAACGUGAUUCCUGCUGGUGUGUGUUUGUGUGUGUGUGCAGGAAACAGGUGAAUGUAGUAUCACAGAACACAGUGGCUUACAAAGUUCAGGACGAAGAUCUAACCAGUACAGUAACACUACAAAUGGACUUUACGACUGCUAUGGUCCACUGUAAUAUUCUCACUGUUUUUCUCACUUAAGUACCAGCGCAACUAAAGGAAUUCCUGUGUCUAAUAAUGUUUGAAAUAAGUGCUCUUAAAGACAAAUCCGUGGCAUCUGAAGCUAUUCCACGGUGUAGGACCACAGUGCAGUGCUGGCACUGCAGAAUGUUUUCUAAUUGGUGCUGCUAUACCCAAUGCUGUUAACUCAGGGGUAAGCAAUAUUGAUCCUGUACUGUCCUGUUGAUGUAGUAUCUGAUUGCUUUCCUUUUUUAAAAAAAAAAAAAACAAAAAACAAACUGGCAUAAUAUGUGACUUGGUCAGUACACCAAGUUAUACGGGGGUAUUCUACUGGUAAACCAUCAACGGCUUAUGAAACUGUUUCAGGGACAGCUGAAAUAAUCAGAAUGGUUCUUAACUAUAUCUUCCUUUCACCUUCUGAUCCUCUUUCCAAAGACCAUAUUAAUUUAGCAUCUUUAAAGAAGAGAAGGCAGCUGACAAACAUUUCCCGAAGAGAAAUUGCUUCCAUUUGAUGUUGGUUAAUUAGGGUGCUUUUGCUCAAAUGCCUUAAACAAAUAUCAAGUAACUGUAUACCAGUUUGUGGUUUUAAACUGCUGAUGUUCAGGAUUUAAAGUGGCUCACUAGUGUAAAUGUAUUCAUCACAGUGAACAGAUUGUCGUUCUAAUACAGAAUUUAACAUCAGUGAUUUCAGUAGAUAGCCAGUACACAGACUGUUUCAGCUGGAGACCAUAGUCAGCCUCUGUCAGAAAUUUUUAUAAAUAUGUAUUUUUUAUUUUUUAGGUUUUAAUUUUUACUUACAGCAAUAGGGUCAGUGAGGAGCUAAUGGGGUGGGGAGAAGAGGAUGCUGACUUUAGCUGACAAAAGCCUAUGGAGAGGUCAAACUGUGGCAAAGGAAGAUUGUAGAGGGACAUUAUUUACGGUAUAUGCACAUAGCAGAUGUGCAUGAAAAAGUAGUGUUCUGUACUAAGCAACAAUUGUGAUGCUUAUCUUCUUGAGCAAGAUUCGGUGGUAUAUUCGGACUCAGCUGCUCUACAUGCAGGGUUAUACCUUGACCAGUUUCAUGUAGAAUAAACUUGAUGCUAUCGUGGACGCACAGCAUACACUUACAUGACGAGUGGAUCAGUUAUCAAAAAAAUCUACUUUUAAGUGCUUGGAUGGAAUUUUUAAAAGCACAUGACCUUGUAAUCCCGCUAUAAGAAAAUGCUUUUGUAUAAUAAGUAUUUCAUACCAUCUUUCUAAAAAUGUCUUAUUUCGAUACAAAGUGUCGUGACUAUUUUUAUGAAAAUGUGUAUUUUAAUACUGUUAUGGUUUGUAUAGUUAUUCAUGACAAAAAGUUGUAUGUAUGUAUCAUGUUACUUAAACUGCACCACUUCAGCAUUAACUUCUAACUUGGAAUUUUGUUUGCACAUCCUGAUGAAUAUAAUUUCUAAUUCAGAAAUUACUAAGUGGCCAUUCUUAACAUAAAGCUAACCUGGAGCACUGUGUAGUUCCUUGGAACAAUGUAACCUGGUAACAACCACGAUCAAUAUUAUCACGACUGCAAUACUUAUUUUUGUAAAAGAAAAUAAAGAGUUUCAGUUUUUGGAAGUUA